AUGGAUGAUGAUCAGCAAGAGAGUAUGCUGCCAAUUGCAAACGUGGGUCGGAUCAUGAAGCAAAUCCUUCCCCAAACAGCCAAGAUUUCCAAGGAAGCCAAGCAAACCAUGCAGGAAUGUUCAACUGAGUUCAUAAGUUUUGUUACUGCUGAGGCAUCUGACAAGUGUCACAAGGAGAAUCGCAAGACUGUCAACGGGGAUGACAUCUGUUGGGCUCUCAGCACUCUAGGGUUCGAUAACUAUGCUGAGGCUAUUGUACGCUACUUAUAUAAAUAUAGGGAGGCUGAAAGGCACAAAGCCAACCAAAACAAAGCCAACUCUUCUCAAGACAAACCAUGA